AUGAUUAUUGAUUUUGAUUAAGAAGCUAUCUCAUAAAGAAAAAACAAGCUUAAGAUCUUGCUGAAUAGGAAUAAUAAUAAACAGAGAUUUAUUUGUUAUCAUUAGCAUUAAAUAAUAAAAUAAGUAUUUGAACAGCCCAAAAGAGUUUUUUCAUAUUCUCGAUCAAUUAGACAUUUUUAAGAAAUAAUGUCUAAAACUGGAUCUAUAAGUUUAAAUAAAAAAGCAAUAACUUUAUUUUUAAGAAGAGAUGAAAACACAGAGAAAAAGUCAUAUGAUGAGAUAAUUAAAGCAACAAACUCAAAGUUGAUUUAAACUGAUAAUAUAAUUCAAGAUGAGUAUGGUUUUAGAACAGAGAGAAAUUAAUAACAUAAACAACAAUCCCCAUAUAUAAAAUAAAGAAAAUUCAGUUAGCAUCUUCAUAUUAAAGAUAAAAUUCCAAAAUAACCGUAUAUUUAGCGUGCAAUAGAAAGUUAGAUAGUACCAACUUCAAAAACAAAUAGAAGCUUAAAAAAACAUACUUUUUAGAAUGAAAUUUUACAAUAAAAGGUGACAUAAAUUACAUCAACUAAUCAAAAAGAAUAGGAGUUACAAUCAAGUAAGAGCAGACAGAAAUAAAUUGAUCUUUAUUCAAAUGACAAUAUAUUUGCAACAAUAACUCACAGAUAUUGAUU